AGGUUACAGUGGACAGCAGUGGGUCAGACACACAGACAGACAGAGGAGGAGAGCUGUAUGAAUGGACUGAGGACACGGAGGCAAGAGAGAAGAGCCCUGUUACCUAACUAAACCCAGAGAGAACAACAGUCAGUCCUGCUGAAGGAUUAGCUCCUGCUCCGUGCUAUCAUGGCCCUGCCCUUUGUGGUGGUGUUGCCCCUGCUGAUAGUCGUGGCAGCGGGGGUGUACUACAUCUACAAUGAGGUCAUACGGUUCAUGUCCAAGUCCUUGGUGCGAAACAAAGUGGUGGUGAUCACGGACGCUGUGUCCGGGGUGGGGACUGAGUGUGCCCAUCUCUUCCAUAAGGGCGGUGCCAGGCUGAUCCUGGGUGGGACUAACUGGGAUAAACUGGAGUCUCUGUACGACUCUCUGACCAGUGACGCUGACCCCAGAGAGACUUUUGCCCCCAAACUGGUGAUCCUGGACUUCAGUGACAUGGACAGCAUGGAGGACGUGGUGUCCGAGGUGCUGGAGUGUUACGGCUGCGUGGACCUGCUGAUCUGUAACAGCAGCAUGAAGCUGAAGGCGCCCAUACAGAGCGUCUCCCUGGAAAUGGACAGAAACAUCAUGGACGUCAACUACUUCGGCCCCAGCGCUUUGGCCAAAGGUGUUCUUCCGACAAUGAUCUCAAGAAGGUCGGGGCACAUUUUGCUGGUGAACAGCAUCCAGGGCCGACUGGCCGUCCCCUUCAGAAGCUCAUACGCGGCGUCGAAGCACGCGGCGCAGGCCUUCUUCGACUGCCUGCGGGCUGAGGUGGAGGAGUAUGGGAUCGUCGUCAGCACCAUCAGUCACACCUUCAUCGACGCCUCCCACCACCCCCUGGCUGCUGGAGAGCCCGCCCCCAAGACAAACGCCCUGGCUGCAUUUAUCGCCAGUCAGCUGACCCACGGCGUGCGCCCGUCCGUCCUGGCCAAUGAGAUUCUGCAGACGGUGAACAGAAAGAGGAAGGAGGUUGUGCUGGCCCACCCCAUCCCCCGGGUGGCUCUCUGCCUCCGCUCCUUCUGCCCCCCCUUCCUCUUCGCUGUGCUGGCUGCUGGAGUGAAGGACUCGGUGCUGACCGAGCAGAUGUAGGAGAGAAGCUGGAAGUUCAGAGGGAAUCAGACAGACGUGAAAUAAAGCAGGAGAUGAUUGGAAAUAUUAGAUCUGUGAUAGUGUUUGACAAAGUUGGACGACCCUCAGGGAGCCUGAAGCCUCCUGGUUCAACAUGUGGCAGUUUGUUUAUGGCAAUUUAAUUAAUAAUUGAAUAUUCGUCUGUUAAUACUGAUCAAUAAUAACCACUAAAGUGAAAAUUUUCCACUGUGGUUUUAUAACUUUUACUUGAAAAUAAAGAAUCUCAUUAUUUCUUCUUAUGGACGAGAACAGAACAAAACUCUGACUAUUCUAAAGGUAGAUUUUAAUCAGUCAGAGAGUCAGUCUGAAUGUAUUCUAUAUUCUGUCAUUAUUAUCAUUACCAAUAAUAAUGAUGAUGAUAAUAAUAAUUAUUAUUAUAAUAACUUUAUUUGUGUUGCACCUUUCAUACAAUAAAUGCAACUUUACAUAAAAGAAAUUACAUGAACCAAGUGUUUUACAUGAAAAAGAAGAAGAUAAAAACAUGAAUGUAAAAUAAGAUGGAAUAAUAAUAAAAUGAUAAUGUAGAAAAAUAAAAAUGAAAAAUAAAUGAAAUAAAUAAAUAAAAGUUAAAAAUAUAAUUCAUAUAUAUAUAUAUAUAUAUAUAUAUAUAUAUGUAUGACUGUAAUACACACUGGAGUGUGGUUCAGCAGCGGAUGUCUUUCUGUGUGUGUCCUGCAGGUGGCAGCAGUGUUUAGUUAUUAACGACUGUGGGUUGAGACGCUGAUGAGUUUAACCUUUGGCGACUUCCUGUCACAAUCAGCUGUUUAUCUGAGGGAAAGAGUCCCAGUGUUUGUUCUGCUGAAAUAUGAAUGAAUCAGUCAGUUAUGAAAAAGUGUGAUGAAUAAACAUGAAAUGAUGACCUUUGA